UAGGUUUUGAAAAAUACAAUUAACGGGCAACAAGUUUAAACCAGAGCAGAAGACAAUAGGAGCAGAUUUCAACGGUCGCCGUGAAGAGGAGAAGGUAGAGAAAGAAAAUGCUGAAACACGUCGACGUCUGCAAAUCCACGGCGGGGCUGAAAACGGCUAGAAUGCCAUUACGAAACCUCUCGAACUCCAAAAACGGAGCCAGAGGUUUCUCCAGAUCCAGUAAGACUAAGAUGAAGCUGCCGGGAAUGAAGGAACACGAAGAUCCAUCCGUCUGCGAUAACUCCCUUGACCGUCUCCUUCUCAUUCACUCCGACCUCUCAUCCAUCGUUGGACAGAUCGAUGAACUUGUUGUGAAGGCGCUACAGAGCAAGAAAGGGUUUAAGGAAAUCAAUUCGUUCGCAAACUUUCUCUCUGAAAUGCAAGCAUCUUUGAAGCUAUGGCUUCCAAUAUUCCAGAAACCAUUUUCUGACCCCUCUAUUCCUGAAAAUGUUCCACAAGAACAGCCUCCAGCAAGCAAGGAUGAUUUAGACAAUCCUGAGAAAUGGGAUUCCAUGGUUUGUUCAUCACCACUGGUUUCUUGGCGUGGAGAUUGCACUUCUGAAAGUGACAUGCAACCUUUUCUCAUGACUCCUUUGCAUCAACAACCUAAAGUAUUUUCAUCCAAACUCAGAGAGGAGGUUGGAACUGACAAAAUUGCUAAGCUGCCAUCCGCUUUUGAUGAAAUGCGAGAUGCGGGCGAAGAUACUUUGCUUGGCAGUGCAAAACCAGAGAAUCCAUUCAUACUAAUGACGCCUUGCUUGAAAGUUUCACCACCAAAGUCAUGUAUAGUGCUUGAACCUGUAUCAGAAUAUCGUCAUCAUAAAGGCAAUCUUAAGUCUCAUAGAUCAACUCCAUAUCCUGUUGCAGUGAAGUCUUUAAGUGGAUCUCAAGAUUCAGAUUCAUCAGAUGAUCAUGCUGUGAAAUAUCCGGAACUGCUUGGGAUUAAACUGCGUAAUAAGUUUGAGAACACAUGGAAGUUGGAUGAAGAGUUAUCAAAAUUGUCGCCUCCUAAAACAUGUGUUCUACUGGAGCCGGCUGAACACGUAACCAACGGCUGCAUGGUCUCAGAAACUGAAGUGAAUCCUAAUCAGGAAAAGUGCUCGUCAAAAAACAAUCAUACUCGAGGCAAGUGCGAGCUAGUUGAAAGCACUCCCAUGACGAAAGAACCCGAGAGGAAUACUCAACAACAUCCAGGUGAGAGCACUCUAAAGAGAGAACUUUGGACCUUGUUUGAGGAAGCAUCUAAACCGCCAAUACAAUUCGACCCACCUAGUGUACUGAAGACGAAUCUGCAGAAAGGGUUUCUUGACAGAUUGGAAGAUGAAGUUUCUUCUCAUAUUUGAAGGAUAUGAUGAUAUGGAAAAACUUUUGGCGCCACCGUAAAAGUUUGUAUCUUAUAAGAAUGGAAAAAGCGGUGUGAAAACAUCAUGAAUGUUUGUGAUGACUUAAAGUGCCUCCUUUUUGUCAUUGUAGAAUCUGUUUUUGUAUGACAAAAAUUCAUAGACCAAUAUGUUAUAAAUAAACUUGAGUUGAAAAAACAAAAUUAACAAAAUCCUUUUGUUAUCAACACAUUAAUUGAUAUCAGGCUCUC